UGUACAGGAAAAAAAAUAAAUAAAUGCAAAAUAAAAAUAAGGAACGAGGAAGAACCCCAAAAAAAAAAAAACAAUAUUUCAGUCUCAAAUCGAGGAAGACGCCUUAACAAGUGAACAACACAGAAGAGAAGAGAAGCUCCCUCCCUCCAUCAUCGCCCCGCCACCGUCAGCCACCGUCAGCCACUCUCUUGUUUUUUCCAUUCCAAUUUCUCCACCUCCAUUUCUUCUUAUUAUUUCUUCAGCUCCGCUCCAUUGCCGCCACCUGAUUGCUUCAACUAUCUCUCCCUCUGCUUCCACCUCACGGUGAUGAUUGCCUGAAUGAAUAGAGGUACAUGGUAAUCCGGAUAUAAUUAUCGGCUGAUUAAUGGGCAUUAAUGGCCGCUGUUGCCAACAGUGUCCUCUAGGUGAUUUUCUUGUAGUGAUUGUACAAUGGUUUGAAGAACUUAAGACUGUUGAUAUAGAGUAAUAGGUAGCAGAGAGAUGGACAAACCUGCUAAAGAGAAAGAGAAGGAGACGAAGACAACACCUGCUACUUCGCAGGAGCAGCCUGCGACUACUAGUACUGGCACUGUUAAUCCUGACUGGUCGGGAUUUCAGGCAUAUUCUCCAAUACCUCCACAUGGAUUCAUGGCCUCAAGUCCUCAAGCUCACCCGUAUAUGUGGGGGGUUCAGCAUAUUAUGCCACCAUAUGGUACCCCUCCACACCCAUAUGUUGCAAUGUAUCCCCAUGGCGGGUUAUAUGCUCACCCGUCUAUGCCUCCUGGAUCCUAUCCUUUUAGCCCGUUUGCUAUGCCUACUCCAAAUGGCAUUGUAGAGGCUUCUGGUAACACACCUGGAAGCAUGGAAGCAGAUGGUAAGCCAUCUGAGGUAAAGGAAAAAUUACCAAUAAAACGAUCAAAGGGAAGCUUGGGCAGUUUGAAUAUGAUUACAGGGAAGAAUAACGAGCUUGGCAAAACAUCAGGAGCCUCUGCUAAUGGAGUUUAUUCCAAAAGUGCUGAGAGUGCUAGUGAUGGUACAAGUGAAGGAAGUGAUGCAAAUUCUCAGAGUGACUCCCAAUUGAAGUCAGGGGGCAGGCAAGAUUCUUUGGAAGGUGAUGUAUCUCAGAAUGGCAGUUCAGCACAUGGUUCUCAGAAUGGAGCACCGCAUACCAUGUUGAAUCAAGCAAUGGCCAUCAUGCCAAUAACAGCUGCUGGUGCUCCUGGUGCUGUUCCUGGUCCUGCAACAAACUUAAAUAUUGGGAUGGACUAUUGGGGUGCUCCACCUUCUGCUGCCAUGCCUGCAAUGCAUGGGAAGAUUCCAACUACCCCAGUAUCAGCAGGAAUAGUUACUGCUGGGUCUCGGGAUAGUGUUCAGUCACAGAUUCGGUUACAAGAUGAGAGAGAGAUGAAAAGACAGCGAAGAAAGCAGUCAAAUAGGGAAUCCGCUCGUCGAUCUAGGUUGCGCAAGCAGGCGGAAUGUGAUGAGCUGGCCCAGCGUGCUGACGUCUUAAAAGAAGAAAAUAACACUCUAAGAUCAGAAGUUAACCGGAUCAGGAGCGAGUAUGAGCAGCUUCUCUCAGAGAAUGCUUCUCUAAAGGAGAGGCUUGGAGAAAUUCCUGGUUGCGAAGAUAUACGGUCUGCCAGAAGUGAACCACAUUUGAGCAAUGACACCAAACAGAAUGCACAAACAGAACAGCACGGCGGCCACUAGGAUGAGUAACUCAGCUUUAUGAUGCCUUCCUGCAGGAGCACAAUCUAACCAAUUAGCAACAGUGAGUUUAUUUUGCAUAGCGUGUAGUUUGACCUUUGUCGAAGUUUUAACCUUUCAUAUUCUAGGAUACGUUCAUAUUUGCAUAUCAUAUUUAUCUCUGCUUGGGCUUACCUUUAAGAGUUGACGCCCGAAGAUGGUAUGUCGAGUGGGAAAUUAACGUCAUACCCUUGUUUGUUUCGUAAGGGUAGUCGCAUUCACACUUAUAGUUAAUAUGUAUUAAAUAUGGACAAUGGAUCCGUAACUUGGCAGAGUGAUUGAGUAUAGGAUGGUACUCUUAAACAGAAAUCUUGAUUUGUAAACUGGUUUACUUAUGUCUACUAUUUAUAUGUUGGUUGCAUUAGGCA